AUGGGAGGAAGAAGCUCAGGCUCAAAGCAAGAAUUAGUUGGCCAAGCCCGGAGAGAGAGAGCCCUUGGCAACAUCGAGAGUCUAGAACAGGAGCGUCUUUCGAGGAAGAGGUUCGCCUCAGGGCAACCGGAUGCUCACUGCCUCAUGAGACGAGGAGAGAGUGAUCACCACGCGUUCUUGGGGUUCGCCGUUCUCGCCGAGGCAUCAUCCAACAGACCCCUGCACGUCCUCUUAGUAACACUUAGAGAAGGAAGAAUUAAGAUGGAGGAGGACUGGAGGGCCGGGAAACCUCCCCGAAGGAGAGAGACCUUAGACAAGGAGUUCCUGCGAGAAGAGAUGAAAGCAACCCGAAAAGGAGGGACGACCAAAACUUAUGAGAAUAUGAGAACGUGUGUUAUGGCAAUGUGUCGUAUGAGGCCACCAGAAAACCCAACAUACCAACCCUCCAAAGACCUGACCAGCCCCAGCCCCAUCCCCAGUGGCUUACCAGCCCCCAGCCACCAGCCCCAGCCCCAGCCCCCAGCCCAGGCCCCAAGCCCAGCCCAGGCCCCCAGCCCAACCCCUGCCACAGCCCCCAGCCCAACAGCCACCAGCCCCAGCACCCAACCACCAGCCAACAGCCCCAUUCCCCAGCCACCACCCCAGCCCCUAGCCCCAGCCCCCCAGCCCCAACCCCACCCCAUCCCCCAGCCCCAAACCCCUGCCCCCACCAGCCCGCAGGCCACCAGCACCAGCCACCAGCCGCCAGCCACCAGCCACCAGCCACCAGCCCCAGCCCAACCACCAGCACCAGCCCACCAGCCCCAGCCCCAGCCCCCGCCCCAAAACCCAGCCCCAUUCCCCCAGCCCCAACCCCUGCCCACCCAGCCCCCAGCCACCAGCCCCCAGCCCCAGCCCCCAGCCCCCAAACCCCUGCCACCAGCCCGCCAGCCACCCACCCCAGCCCCCAGCCACCAGCCCCAGCCCCCAUCCCCAGCCCCCCAGCCCUCCAACCCCAGCCCCAGCCCCCAGCCCCAACCCCUGCCCACCAUCCCAGCACCAGCCCCAGCCCCUGCCACACCGCCAGCCACCAGCCCAAACCCCCUUGCCCACCACCCCCCAGCCACCAGCGCCCAACCCCCCCAUCGCCACCAGCCCCCAGCCACCAACCCCUCCACCAGCCCCAGCCACCAGCCCCCAGGCCCCAGCCCCAGCCCCAGCCCCCAGCCACCAGCCCCAGCCCCUGCCACAGCCCCACCCAAGCCCCAGCCACCAGCCACCAGCCACCAGCCCCCCCAGCCCCAGCCCCCAGCCACCCAGCCCAGCCCCCCAGCCCAGCCCCAGCCCCCAGCCCCAACCCCUGCCACCAGCCCCCAGCCACCAGCCCCAGCCCCUGCCACCAGCCCCCAGCCACCAGCCCCAAUCCCCAGCCCCAACCCCUCCCACCAGCCCCCAGCCACCAGCCCACCUGCCCACCAGCCCCCCAGCCACCAGCCCACCCCCAGCCCACCCCCAGCCACCACCAGCCCCAGCCAGCCCCAGCCAGGCCCCCAUCCCCAGCCCCAGCCCCAGCCAACCUCAGCCCAGCCCACCCCCACCACCAAGCCCCAGCCCCCGCCCCCAGCAGCCUCUGCCACCAACCCCAACCACACACCCCAGCCGCUACCAAACAGCCCCCCCCCCCAACCCCAUUCUGCCCAAAACCCCAGCCCACACCCUAGUCCCCAGCCCACCAACCCCAGCCCCAGCCUCCAGCCCCCAGCCCUGCCAGCCCCAGCCCCUGCCCGCAGCCCCAGCCCACCAACCCCAACCCACACACCCCAGGCCCUGCUACAACCCCAGCCACCCACCCCCCAACCCCAUUCCUCAACCAGCCCCCAGGCCCCAGCCCCUGCCACCACCCAUGCCCAACCCCACUCCCCCCAGUUCCAGCCACCAGCCCCAGCCCCCAGCCCCCAGCCCAGCCCCAAGCAUCAACCUCAGCCCCACCCCCACCCCCCAGCCAGCCCAGCCCCAGCCCCAGCCAUCACCCCAGCCCCCGCCCCCCCAGCCACCAGCCCUGCCACCAACCCCAACCACACACCCAUCCUGGCUACCAACCCCAGCCCCCACCCCCUAAUCCCAUUCUCCACCAGCCCCCAGCCCCUGCCACCACCCAGCCCACCCCCAAUAGUCAUAGUACUUUCAAAGCUGAACAAGGGAACAGUACAACCAUCUGUUAGAAAACCACAUGUAACAGAGAAACCAUCUGUUAUCAGAAAACCUAAACAGCUGAACGACCCUUACCCACCACAGGCGAAAAAGGGGGCGUGGUCAUCUCCCAUUCCCACGCAUUCCAGUUCCUGUUCCUUCGUUGUUGCAACUAGAUUCUACUUGAUUCCCCGCAGCACCUGUUUACCCCUCCAGAUGGUUCAGACCUUCAAUUAUCUCAACAACAAAGGUUUUCCGUCUUUGCCCGGGGAACGUAGCAAGUUGUAUGUGUGCGUCUUUUGGCUAGCACCACGGAAUUUUGAUUACAUAAUUAUGUUUGUCUUCCAUCUCAUGUUUAAUGCAUACCUUGAAUUGUCAGCGUAUAAGGCCCUUUCAAGAAUAAAAGCCCGAAAGAGGUCAGAAGAAGACUCUUUAUUCAAAAAUAUAAAGGGAUUUAAGGAGGACGGCCACACAGUAACUGAUGUUUAG